AUGGCAGGGGCAUCGCAGCUCUACACCUGCAUGUCGUGCCUCGUGGGGUUUCACUCGCCCCUUGACCAGCGAACACACUAUCGCUCUGACUUGCACCGAUACAACAUGAAGCGCCAGGUUGCUGGCCUGCCACCCGUCAGGCAAGACGUCUUCGAGCAAAAGGUUCAGCAACGUCAGCCGGCGGGAAAUGACGCAGCUGCUGCCUCCAAGGUUUCUUUUGCGUCCACAUCGCAAGCCGAGUCGUCGCAGCAGCGACCUCGUUGCCAGCAGUGCAGCAAGUCCUUUGCCUCGCCCAAUGCAUUCACCACUCACCUCAACUCGCGAAAGCACAAGGAGACCGCAGCGAAGAAUGCAGCCCACCCGUCCGUUGCCAGCGCCAAGGCGUCAGUUAACCCGCCUGCCACUACGGGGGCAAGCGACGACCCCCUUGUCUUCCGCGUCCCAGCCUCUGCCGCCUCUGCUCUUAGCGGCAAUCCUUCUCCUCUCGAAGCGAUGGACCAAGUCAAGCAGGCUCUGCCAAAUACCGCCAGCGUCGCUCAAGGGUCCGCCGACGCAGAGGCCAGCUCCUCCCCCUUCUCGUCCGCCACGGCCACCGCAUCGACGUCCAAGCAACCACUCGUUCCCCCCACCUCUCUCACCCUUUCCUCGGAUGCAAGCGACGCAGAGAUUGAGGCUGCCAUCAGCGCACGCCUCUCCUCGGCCACUCGAAUCGACCCAGCCAAGACGUGUAUCUUCUGCCCGCCCGGCACACCCGCUCACAACUUUCCCAACUUGGAAGCCUCCCUCGCUCACAUGCAAAAGGCGCACGGAUUCUUCAUCCCCGAGCGCACCUACCUCGUCGACCUUCCCGGCCUCGCGCAAUACCUCGCCGACAAGGUCUCGGUCGGUCACAUGUGCUUGUACUGUAAUGGACGCGGUAGGGGUUUCUCGACGGCAGAGGCGGCUAGGAAGCACAUGGUCGACAAGAACCACUGCAAGAUUGCAUACGAUGCUGAGGAGGACAAGAUGGAACUCAGCGACUUUUAUGACUUCACUAGCUCGUACCCUGACGCUGGAGAAGAGAAGGAGGAAGCAGAGUGGGAAGACAUGGACGCCAGUGAUGGCGAGGAUGGCGCAGACGAUGCAGAGAUGGAGAAGGACGACGAGGAGAGCCUGCCUGCCAACACUCUGCGAUAUGGCGAUUCCGAGCUCGAGCUGGUACUCCCCUCCGGCGCACGACUGGGCCAUCGCUCGCUUGCGCGUUACUAUCGUCAGACCCUCUUUUCCACCCCUGCGUCUGCCUCAGCGACGGAUCGCUCAGGCGGUGCUGUUGCCCGCCGCUUAAUCGACGAAGGGCGCCAUCGUGGACGUGGUUCCGACCUGGUUGUACGAGACCGUGGUGGGCAAGAAGUCAAGGCGCGCAACCGUGGAGAGGCGCGCGAGGCCAAGAGACACAUCAGAGAGUUCAGGGACAUGAAGAAGCGCGAGCACUUUAAGACGCAGAUUGGGUUCAGGGGAAACAACCAGAAGCACUUCAGGGACCCGUUGCUGCAGUAA